AGAUACAACAGACCGCUCGUAAUUCUCUGCACAUUUUCCUCCACCAUGAAGCUUAUAUUGACUAACCUUUACGUUAUUUCGAUUAUUGACUGGUGAAAAAAAUGAAUGCUAUCCACUUGAUAACCGUGGUUUUGAUAACAAUCGGAGAUCAAAGCUCAGCAGUCGAUGCAUCAGAGGAUGGAUCUAUACUGAUAGGUUUCAUUUCUGAGAGUGCUGAAGACGAGAAGGAUGGCGUAGAGCACAUUGAGGGUUACUUUCAACACUUGUACGAUGCAGCAGGCGACCCAACGCCUCGGCGGCUGAAUGUUACAACCUUCCGUAUGGAUGUCAUCGAGAAGAACAGGGAUUGGGGGAAACUAAUCGUUGAUUUGACCAAAUUCGUCAGCCUUUCCCCUGCAAUGAUCAUCGGCGCCUACAGGCAAGAAAUUGACCAGCUCAUCCCGCCGGACAUCCCCCACAUCGUGACAGGACACAAGGCAUUCCUGAACAACAUCGACAUCGGCAAAUCGAAAGGAAAUGAGAAUGUUUGUUGGCUGACUGGUGUUGGGAACAAUGUCAUCAGCUUGCUGCCACCACUGAAUACAUUCCUGACUCCCCUGCAGAAGUACCUGCUUGAUGCGAGUUGGCCUCGUAGGAUAGUAGUCGUAAUCAUGGAGAAAGAAGAGGAUAUGAUCCAGUUCAACAGUGGGUUAUCAGCAGGUUCAGACAGCCUCCAAUUCGUCCGGAUACUGAUAAGAAAAGACGCCCCCUACUGGACGAGGAACGAUCGACUGGUUGAAGCACAGAAACUGGCAACACCUCACUUAGUUAUCCAUAGUUACGACUUGGACUAUAUCCUCCAGAUAAUUAUAGGGGCUCAAGACCUGAAUAUGGCGACUUACCUGUACAGAUGGUACCUGACAUACCCGGAUAUCAAAGGCCUGGAUGAUGAACUUAGUACAUUCUUCCUCAGCCAUUAUUCAAACGUAACGGGAUUUCAACUUGUGGACAGAGAAAAAAUGAGUCAAGCCAUGCCCGUUAAAGGCAAUGGGUUCCAGCAUGCCAUCAUCCACGAUGCCAUGAAGUUAUUGGUGGAAGCCACGACUUUGCGGAAUGACCAGACUUCAAUCGUGAUUGAAGAUUUCUUUGAAAUAUUAGAGAGUGGUUUCAAUGGGAGUACAGGGUCCUAUGGAAAAGCCAGCCUCACCAAUCCACUAACGAAGGAACGCCAGUUCUGCCGGAUACGGUCUUCUUACGAGUGGAUGGCGUUCGAAGGAGGAGAAUUCAACAAGAUAGGGCAGUAUUUCCACGACAACAACAGAACCGCUCGGAGGCCUUCUUUGAUAAAUAUCCUGUCGAUCAGCAAUUGGAUAAGGCCAGAACAAUUUUCGCUAAAGGCGCCAAAUCUAACGUACCAAGCGAAACCGAAGGCCCGGAUGCCUAUCUUCAACAACAUGCCUGUUAGUGUAACUGCCGUUGAUGAUCCACCCAUGACAAUACUUCAGCCAGAUGGAACCUACACUGGGGUAAUGGUGGACUAUCUCGAUGAAUACGCGCAGAAGCUCAACUUUACGUACGAGAUAACGAAGCUUGUUCGUCAUGAUGAGGACGGUGGAGGCAGGAGGUACCUCGGUAGGGAAGGAGUCAUUGUGACAGGUGCUGUUAGGGAUAUAUUAGAGCAGGAUGCAGUUCUAGCCAUCGGAGCCAUAGGAUCAACAAUACAGCGAGAGGUGGUGAUUGAUUUCUCAGAAACAACCUUUCCAGGCGUCAUCAGCCUCCUGGCGAAAAAGCCAAAGAUCGCCUACGACACGUGGCAAUUCCUGAGCCCAUUUACUUGGAAAAUGUGGCUCGCCCUUGGUGUAGCUCUUGUCGUUAUCAGUAUAGUGGUUACAUUUUUGGACCUGUUGGACAAAAGCACCCACGACUUGAAAGACUUUCCCGUCAGAGACAGUUUCUACUAUACAGCGUCUAUCUUAUUUUUCGGCUCGACCGACCAGAAUCCAAACUCUGCCCCAAUGCGUCUCUUUAUCGGCUUCGUGGCCUUCUUCGCUAUCGUCGUGUCACAGUCAUACGUAGCCAACAUGGCCGCCUUCCUCACAACGAGGCGCGAUGACGAAUCGUUGCCAAUGACUAUCGACGCCCUCUCUCGACAAAACGCCGUACCUUUCGGAUUAAUGGCAACCGGCGAGGCCAUGCAACUGUUGGCUCGGGCGAGGAAAGGCCCGUAUUUGUUUCUCUGGAACAAACUAGCUAGUACGACUAAUGCUGUCCAUAGAACUGCAGCGCAACAAAUGGACCACAAGCAACCCCUCGCUCGAAUAUUCUUUGACUAUGACGAAGCUAUUGAGACUGUAAAGAAUGGUAGCUUCAUCUUCAUAAGUGAAAGCCCUAUAACAAAGUAUUUCGUGCACAGGAGCUGCGAUUUGGUGGUUCGUGACCAAGAUCCCGAUGCCGUGAGGUACUCCAUUGGAAUGCCCAAAGGCGCCCUCUUUCGGCCAGAACUGGACAGAGUGAUAACGGAAGUUAGAGAGGAGGUUUCACGUGAUGUUGACAUCAUUGAUAAGUGGUAUGCGGAACCGGAAUGUGCGAAAGGUGGCGGACACUCCAUGCAGGAGAACAUGAAAACCCUACCUCUCCUUUGGGGAGAAAUGAAAGGUCUUUUCAUCACACUUGGUAUUGGUGCCGGGUUCGCCUUGAUCUCUGCUCUUGUAGGACACUUCCUUACACGGGCGAAGCUGCCUAAACCAAAACGGAAAAAGAAGGCUGACAGAGCAGUGCAAGAAGAUCAGGAGCCCCCAUCAGAAUGUCAUAACGGACCAGGUGGAGGCUUGGGGCAUGGAACAGAGAAUUCGGCUUCGCCGGCGACUUCAGCCCUGGCCCGGCCGCUAGAGAUGACGCCAAUGGCCCGACUACAAUCGGAUCAUGGAGAUGCGGAUGAACUAUAGGGUCAUGUUAUACUCUAGUUUCACCGAUCUAAGAUCGAUUCUGAAUAUUCAAGAAACGGGAGAUAUUUAUACGCAUAGUCAAAUGAUCAUAUUCAGUUUGGAAGGACAGUAGGUUGGCGACAACAAUUCGUCCGACGGUCGUGGCGUCAUGUGUAAGGGUAAUGUUUGACCUUUCUCCAUCCCACUACGUUUGACAAAGGAGCAUUUUAAGGAAGCUAACCCGGGUUGAAAAUCUUUCAUUUAGAUUAUUGGCCUCCGUCUCGCUUUCUUCAGAUGGCGGAUGUCCCCGCAAGCUGGAUGAAGAUCUUGAAGUAGUCCGCCUUGUCAACUUUGACUGAAAUAUAAAUGAGAAAUAUUUUAACAAGAAAAGGAAGAAUAUGUUGAAGCCGUUUCGAACUGGAUCGUCAUUCGACAAGACGAGGGUAUGGAUAUCCCCGCAUUUGUAGACACUAUAAACAAACUAUAGCAUAAUUCCUUGCAAAGUCAAAACUUGAACGAUACGCCAUUCCAUAGUGGUAUGAAGACAAAGGAGAAGAAGAAAUUUACUGCGAUCCCACUCAGCCACAGUAUCGUCAUUGGAAAACAGUAUAACGGGUAUAUCGCCGCUUUCAUAUUCGUUGUAACAACUAGCAUCGCGGUCUGCAUAGUCUAGGACUACCAACCAGCCCAUGUCAUCAUCGCAAGGCCCAUCACCAUAACGGUUGCUGAUGAAAAACCGCCUCAUUGACGUCAAUGUAUCGCUUUGACUAAAACUGCAAUGAAAGAGAAAUCUAUUCAAAAGUCGGCUUCGUGUCACUGAAUUACGUGUGGCCAGCAGGAAUGGUCCUGCGCAGUGCACUGUAACUCCAGAAGGCAGAGUUGGACUUGUAAAACUUGGCGUGACGUACUUUUACAUUUGUAGUGACUUAAUGACUAGUUUGACCAAAAAGUCACUGACAUAAAUAUAAACACUCGUGUGGUCUUGCGCUGGAAGUGUCACUAGCUAUUUAUAUGUUAGCUUCUC